UUGAAACAAGCCCAUGAUGACAGUGGUCACAAAGGGUUCAAGACUGUUGCUGGUAUUCUCCGUCUCUGCUUUUGGUGGCCAGACCUCUGCGCAAAUAUCAAAUGGUACCUCUGCACCUGCCAUGCAUGUCAAAUCCAUAGCAUUCAUAAGGUCCUCAAACCUCCAACAGUUGACUGUCCGGCUCUGCUUUUCUCAAAGAUUUAUUAUGAUACCAUGAAGAUGCCUCCUAUUGUCACUGAGAAUGGAUCAGCCUGGGUAGCAGCAGUGAAGGAACUGGAACAAUGCUUUGGCAUCCACAUCCAAAUUUCACCAUACAACUCUUGUGUGAAUGGUGCAGUAGAAUCGAAACAUUUUAUGGUUCACCAAGCAAUUUUGAAAGCAUGCAGAGAUAAUAUCAAGCAAUGGCCUGACAAAGUGCCAACUGCAUUCUGGGCUGAGCGAAUUUUGGUCCAGCACAGCACUGGUCUCUCCCUGUAUUUCAUUGCACAUGGUGUUCACCCAGUCUUCCCCAUGGACUUUGAGCAAGCAACAUUCCUUGUGCCCCCACCCAAAUUCCCUAUGACCAACAGUGACAAGCUGGCCUACUCAAUUCAACAGCUUGAGCACUGUGAGUCUGAUUUAUCUGACCUCCAGAAGAAGGUUCACCAAGCCCACCUGAGAAUGGCAGACCAAUUUAAGGCAGACAACAAGCACAUCCUUGCCAAUUAUGACUUCAAACCUGGUACCCUGGUCCUCAUUUGCAAUACUUGGACAGAGAAGGAACUCAAUUGA